AUGUCUGCGCAAUUGUACUAUGGACGUCCGCGCUUUGCUUUGCCCCCGCAGGCUGGCGGUGACGGCAUCGUUACUCUCCUGAACUAUCUGGCUUCCAACCUCUCGGUGGAAGUCCAUGGAAGGACACGCGAAAUGCUCGAGGGUCAAGCAGGCGAAGCUCUUGCCGGCGUCGUGCGUAGGCACGUUGCUCUGAACAAACUGGAGAUCAACGGCUCGACUUUUGCUCAUCCGGAGGCCGUAUUGAAAGCUGCUGUUAAAAGCCCAAGCCUGAAGACGCUGAAUGUCAAUGAAUGCCGCCUCUCAACGAUGGACAUCCACAACAUGGGCGAAGCCCUUUCUAGGCCCCCGCCGUCUCGGGCUAGUGUGCUGGGUGGGGCAUCAGCGUCAGAGCCGCCUACAAGCGUUCUGGAAAAUCUCUCCUUCACGAACUGCAGGAAGGCGAAUGCGGGGGAGCAGGAUUUCAUGUUUCAAGUCACGUUCGCCAUGCUUAUUUCGGGUGGGCUACGCCAACUCUCCCUUAACGACUGCCGUCUGACGUACGUGUUCGCCAUGAUGGCCGCGCGCCAACUGCGUGCUGACAGCCGCCUUCAACACCUGUACGUUCAGAAAAACAAUCUGACCCUCAGCGGGAUCCGUAUCAUGCUCAAGUCUCUGGAGGUCAACACCACACUGGAUGUGCUCGGCAUCGACAUGUGGCACCAUCCCCACCAAUUCGUCGUUUACAAGGUUAUCACAGACUUCAAACUCUCCUCUCGUCUCGUCUUCAGCUGGGAGAACCCGCUUGGGCUCGAAUUCGUCCGGGGACACGAAUUGUGCUCCUUGAGCUCCGUCUACCUGAAUUUUAACCGGCGGGUACCGGUGGACACCCAGGUUCUUCUGGAUGAACUUAAAAAGUGCACCCGAACAAAACAUGCUGACAUGUACUGCACGGCACGCUCAAAGCAUCCAAUGCCACUACUUCUGGUCAACGCUCUGAGAAAUCUGCAGCACCUCAGAGCCCUGAAUCUCCGCCUCCCGCUAGCCGAGAAAUACGUAGUCCGCGUGUUUCUCGGCCUGCGAGACAACAGGAGCAUUCAAAAGUUGACGCUCUCCCACAUCGUCUUCGGUAGCAAGGCCAUCGAAGCGCUGGCCCAAAUGGUUCGAACGAACAGGACCAUCACGAGUCUGUCUGUACAGCUCCAGUAUAGCGGUCCCAGCAAUUGGCACCAGCUGAAGGACAUCCGCAACCGACUUGGGGAGGCCAUCCUGGCCAACCACUUCAUCAUCAAUCUCUCUGUCGGUAUGGCGGACGUCAGCCGCGCCAGCAGCUAUCAGAUAAAAGAGGCCAUCAGGCGCAACAUGAUGCUUGUCACCCAAGCCAUCCGCUAUAUCCAAGGGGCUAAGGGCAUGACCGAAGCGCGGGCCUUCGACACCCUUCGGUACUCGGCCUCCUUGAAGUCGACGCUGUCCAAAUACUACCACGUUGGAGAUGACGAAUCGGACCUCCUCAUCAGCGAGGCACGAGCACGUCUGGCCGCCAACUACAUCUUCUACACGGGCAUCGUCAAGACUAAGAUCGACUGCUAUCCUCACACUCAAAGGAGAAUGAACGAAAAAACGAUCCACAUCCUUGACCCCGAAUGCCUGGCCCACGUUUGCCGCUACCUCAGCCUCAGCGAUGUUGCCAACCCGUGA